GGCCGCCGCGCAUGCGGAGUGGAGGCGAGGGGCGGGGCCAGGCCGGUCUGGUUGUGCUCCCUCCCGGACAGAGGCCCCGGAGGCUCCCGAGCGACAAUGAAGCAGGAACAGCAGCAGCAGCCGCCGGCACCGCCGCCCCCGCAGCCUCCCCAGCAGCCGUCGCCUCCCUUCGCCAGCCCGGGGGUCCCGGCCUUCCUCAGCAAGCUGUGGGCUCUGCUGGGCGAGACCCCCAGCAACCAGCUCAUCACCUGGAGCCAGAAUGGAAAGAGUUUCUUGGUGUUGAAUGAGCAGAGAUUCGCAAAAGAGAUUCUUCCCAAGUACUUCAAGCAUAACAACAUGGCAAGCUUUGUCAGACAGUUAAACAUGUAUGGCUUCCGCAAAGUCGUCCACGUUGAUUCUGGAAUCGUCAAACUGGAGCGAGAUGGUCCAGUAGAGUUUCGGCAUGCAUAUUUUAGGCAGGGCCGGGAGGACUUGCUGGAACACAUUAAAAGGAAGGUUUCUUCUUCGAGACCUGAAGAAAACAAGAUCCGUCAGGAAGAUCUCUCUAAAAUAAUAUGCAGUGCUCAAAAGGUGCAAAUUAAGCAAACAACUAUUGAAUCUCAGUUGUCUCUUUUGAAGAGAGAGAAUGAAUCCCUUUGGAGGGAAGUGUCAGAACUGAGAGCAAAACACUUGCAACAGCAGCAAGUUAUACGAAAGAUUGUACAAUUCAUUGUUACCUUGGUGCAGAAUAACCAACUAGUGAGCCUAAAACGUAAGAGGCCUCUACUUCUGAACACGAAUGGACCUACAAAGUCGAAUGUAUUUCAGAAAAUUGUGAAAGAACCAGCUGACAGUAGCCACCAUGUACCUCUCAACAGAAAUGAGGGCUUAAAACAAAGGGAACAGAUUUCAGAUGACAUUGUUAUUUAUGAUGUCACUGAAGAUGUGGGUGAGGAAGAACAUCCCAUGGCUGAUGAAGAAAAUCUUCCUGUUACACCAGAAACAAGUGAAGAUACCACUUCAGAUUCUUCCAACUGUAGCUGUAGCUACCAUUCUCCCGAUAUUGUAAUUGUGGAAGAUGAUAAUGAAGAUGAAUAUGCCCCUGUAAUUCAAGGGGAUAAAAACACUGAAUCAGUUGCUGUCCCAGGUAAUCAUCCAGCCAGCCAUGUCAGUGACAGCACAAGCCCACUCAUGUCAAGUGCUGUACAGCUGAAUAACCAGUCAACUUUAACUGCAGAAGACCCAGUCUCUGUGAUGGAUUCCAUACUCAAUGAAAAUGGAGUAAUUUCACAGAAUAUAAAUCUUCUUGGAAAAGUUGAACUUCUGGAUUAUCUGGACAGUAUCGACUGCAGUUUAGAGGACUUCCAGGCUAUGUUGUCAGGACGACAGUUCAGCAUAGAUCCAGAUCUCCUGGUUGAUCUUUUUACAAGUUCUGUGCAGAUGAAUCCCACAGAUCAUGAUCAUAUCACUAAUACCAAAGUGGAGACAAAGGGAAAAGAAGCUAACAAGAAUAAUGCUGGUCCAGCAGCUUCACAGGAAACACAAGGUAUUAAGCCUAGAUCAGAUAAGCAGCUGAUACACUACACUGCGUUUCCACUCCUUGCAUUCCUUGAUGGGAAUCCAGGCUCUGCUGUUGAGAGUGGGGGCUUCACAGCUGAAACUCCUUCCACUGUUGAAAAAUCCCUGGAAGGGGUAGAGCUCCUGGAGAGCAGCCUGGAUCCCCAGCCCACCCAGAGCAAACUGGUGCGUCUGGAGCCACUGACGGAGGCAGAGGCAAGUGAGGCCACGCUGUUCUACCUGUGCGAACUUGCCCCAGCACCCAUGGACACAGACAUGUCCUUCCUGGAUAACUGAUGUGAGGGAGGCUCUGUAUAUAGUCAUGAAGAUGAACUAUUUAUUUAGAAUAUUGUUUGGUAUGAGAGUUUUUUGUACAUCACUGUUUUAUGUAACCAGAUAUGUGGAAUUUGAAGUACCUUUCCUAUCUUAUACAAGCAGUUGUUUAGCUAUGGAGUUAGACAAGCCACCAGGCAGGCACAGCUGGUACUGCUGAGCCAGGCUCCUGCUGCACUGCUGUGAACACUUGGUGUUGCCCACAUUGCUAGUAUGCAAGUAACCAACACUUGUCAAUAGUGAGCUUUGGUUUAUGGUUUCUUAUACUUCUUGUCUUACAUAUGAUGACAUAAACUAGUAGCAUAUGGUUAGGGAACACUGACUUCCUGUAUUUUGGGGUUUUUAUUUUUUACAUUUUGUUUAACACACAUGAGGCUUUUUUGGGGUGGGGGGACCAGGACGUGAUGUAGGCUUUUUUUUUCCCUGCUUCAACUGGGAACAAAGUGCCUGUACCUUGCUAAGUCUUGGUUCUGCCUUACUUUCACUUCAGUGGAAGUGCUCACACAUAGCACAAACUGGGGAAAAGUUCUUGACAGCUGCCAGGCCCCAUGACUGCAUGAGUACUUUUAACUUGGACCAUCUAUGCUGACAAAAUAAAUGUUACUUAAGUGUGAUACUUGUCAAAA